UUCAUUUUUCAAUCUUAUACUUCGUAAUCCUUGUCGGAUACAGGAAACAGGAAACGUGGCCUGACCUACCAAACUGCUUUCAUCAAAAUUAUCUCGAUGAUAAACGACAAAUCGUAAUAAUGAAAGUUCCGGAGCCAGCCAUCGAUUGUGACGAGGAAACUGUUAAAGAGAUUCUCAAUUCUAAUAUUGAUUUGAGAGAAUAUUCUGCCAAUGUUGAAAAAUCCUUAUCUGAAUUGGAAAACACUACAAUUGCAGGUUACAUCAAGGAAGCUGAUAAUAUUUCUGAAUUACAUUCACAAAUCACUGAUAGUGAUAAAAUCCUGGAAAGAUUGGAAGGAAUGUUAUGCGCUUUUCAAGCCGAUCUCAGCAAUAUUUGCCAGGAAAUAUUAUCAUUGCAAGAAUUAUCAGCUUCGUUGAAUAUACGUUUGAAAAACAAACAGGCGAUUCGAAAUCAAAUGAGCGAAUUUGUUGAUGAUAUAAUCAUUCCUGAAUCAGUGAUAAAACAUAUUGUCGAUACUCCGGUUAGUGAGAAAGAAUUUCUUGAACAAUUGAUCAUUUUGGAUCACAAAAUUUCAUUUGUAAAAGAGCAAUCAUUUCGUGAAGCAAAAGCUUGUGUGGAUGUGAUGGAAAUAUUGAACAAUCUUAAAUCAAAAGCCAUUAUUAAAAUACGUGAAUAUAUUUUGAAAAAGAUUUCAUCAUGCAAAAAACCAAUGACCAAUUAUCAUAUUGGUCAAAAUGCUCUUUUGAAAAAUAAAUUCUUUUUUAAAUUUUUAGCUACACACGAAAGAGACAUAGCCAGAGAGAUACAAAAUGAAUAUAUCGAUACAAUGAGCAAGAUUUACUAUUCCUACUUCAAAGAAUUCAUUAAUAAAUCAACCAAAAUGAUGUAUGAAGAUCUGCCUGAUAAAGAUGACUUGAUGGGAAAUGAUGAUUCACAUAAAGCAAAUAGGAGUUCAAUAUUUCAGCUUAAAUCCAAUAUUAUCAAGCAUCGGCAUAAUAUUUUUGCUUUAGGUGAUAGAGAAUCAUUGUUAACGACUGAACUUGAAUCACCAUUGAUUGUUGUGCAUCCUGCUUCGAAGAAUGACAUGAAAUUUCCAUUGGAAAAUAUAUUCCGCGAGAUUCAAUACGCCUUUCUUGGUCAUGCUUGUCGUGAAUAUCUAUUUAUGAACGAGUUUUUCAUGGUCAACUCUAAAACAUCACAUGAUUUAUUUUAUACAAUUUUCGGAAAAACUUUGGAUCUACUUUACAAAAACAUUGAUAGUCUGUUUUCACAAAGUUAUGAUGCAAUAGCUUUAUUCGUUUGUUUGCACAUAAUUUAUCGAUAUCGAAUAUUAUCAAUGAAACGUGAAGUAUUGGUAUUGAAUCAUUAUUGGGAAAAUGUUGUCAAAACUAUAUGGCCACAAUUUGAGCAAGUAUUCUUAAUGCACAUUGAAAGCAUAAAAUUCUGUGAUUUAAACAAAAUAAACACAAUCGAUACACGACCUCAUUAUAUUACCAGACGAUUUGCUGAAUUUUCGGCUGCUAUUGUUACGAUCAAUGAUACGUUUCCUGAUGACCGCGUCACGAAUUUAUUAUCCAUAUUACAGAAUGAAGUGAUGAAUUUAAUACUAAGAAUGUCGACUAAAUUCUGUAAACCGAAAGAGCAAUAUGUUUUUAUCAUCAAUAAUUAUGACACAAUCUUAGGCAUCCUAUUGGAACGUAAAAAAGAUGGAUCGAAUGCAGCCGAAACAAUGAGAGAACAAUUGAAUAAAAAAAUAAUGGAUUUUAUUGAAGAAAUGUUAUAUCCUCAUUUUGGAGCUAUGAUUUCAUUCGUUAAAGAAUCAGAAGUAUUGACAGAAAAAAAUGAUAUCGAAUCAUUGAAACGAUUGGAACCUAGAGUUGGUGAUUUGAUACAGAAUUUUAACAAUAAUUGGAGACGAUCAUUAGAACAAGUUUCAAAAGAUAUAAUGGCAUCAUUUACUAAUUUUCGUACUGGUAAUAACAUUCAACAGAUUGCCUUGACACAAUUAGUGCAAUAUUAUCAUAAAUUUCAGAAAAUUGUUAGUCAACCACCAUUCAGCAAUAAUCCGCUACGAAGCGAACUAAUCAAUAUCCAUCAAUUAAUGGUUGAAGUGAAAAAAUAUAAAACAAAUUUCUAAUAACUUUAUUUGUUGGCUUUUUUUAUCCAGGCCAUUUCCAAUAUUUUAUUUAUUUCGAUAA